UGACUCACUAUCUGCGCAGCUCCUCAACCAGCAUAUCAGUCCUACUGACCCUCACCUUCCGUAUACUGACUCGCCAAUAUGCCAACACUUCUAACAGCCAAGGGUAUUCUCUACGACAUGGACGGCACGCUCGUCGACACUACUGAGUGCGUCGAGAACGCAUGGAAGCAGAAGGCGGCCAAGUACGGCGUAGACGGUGAUGAGCUGAUCAAGCAUAUGCAUGGGCGCACAUGCCUCGACACGCUGCGCACAUUCUUCCCGCCCGAGUGCCAUAGCAAACAGUUUGCUGACAACUUUGAGAACGAGUUCGUCAACAUUACCGAGGGCGUCUAUCCAGUGCCAGGUGUCCACCCUGCUGUCACUGCUGUAUCGCCGGAGCGGUGGGCUGUGGUGACUGCAGCCUCGCGCAUGUGGGCACUGGCGCGCCUGGGGCAGGUCGGUCUGCCAGAACCCAAGCUUCUGAUAGCUGCUGAUGAUGUAACCAAGGGGAAGCCCCACCCCGAGGGGUACCUGGCCGGUUCCAAAGCGCUGGGGCUGGAGGGAAAGGACGUUGUGGUGUUUGAGGAUGCUGUCAAUGGCGUCAAGGCAGCGCUUGCAGCGGGUGCCACGGUGAUUGCGCUGACAACAUCGACGACACGAGAGAGGCUGGCGGAGGCCGGCGCCCAGCACAUCGUCGAUGAUUUUACGAAAGUAGACAUCACAGAUCACACAACGCAUUUGUCCAUUGUUCUCAGGGAAUGAAAGUGCCACGUAUGCUGACAAAUUUCAGCACGAGCUCAGGCGAUCUUCUCUCAGCUGAAUGCCGCGUAGCACAGCAGCUCCUGGUUGCUGUUUUUGUCCCCACU